CUUUGAGCCAAGCAUAAAAGCGCAGCGUUGAUAAAUUCCAUGCAGUACGGUGUGUCCAAGCACACCAUACAUUGACACCUUUAUUUCCUCCAACUUGCCUUUUAAGAGAAAAUCGAAAAAAAAGUAAUGGCGCACUGCAAUGACCUUCACCCACAGCCUUUCUCGAUCCGAAUCGAGUCAUCCAAAAGUUUUUCACACCCACUACCCGGUCUUCCGCCAACUACCACACCCCGGACAGAUCUCUUUGAUACACCCUUUCCCUUUCUCUCGCUCCCCCGCGAACUGCGUGAUUUGAUUUAUAGUCAUACCUUGCACGACCGCGGGAUCCACUAUCGCGACCGCAUAAAAGCUGCGACGCGAUGGAGCCAGCAGCGAACACUCGCGUCCCACCUUAACCUGCUCCUCACAAGCCGCCAAAUCCACAUAGAGGCCCUAUCCGUACUUUUUCGCACACGAACAGUCGAGAUUUCUCCACGCAAACUCCACCGGACGCGGAAACAAUCAAAUCAGCUCUCACUCUCGCAUGUACUAUGCUCAUUCCCGCUCGCGCCCGCGCGCCUGAUGACGCGUGUUCAGAUUGUGUACCAUGAGUAUUCUAUUUACGCCCCUUCAAAAUAUAACACGUACCCUUUCCCACCGGCCAACGACGGAGAACUCAUGUUCAUCAUGUGGGAGCACAUAGUCCGUGAUGCGUGGACGUUGAAGGAACAUUUUCCCCAUUUGAAGAGAUUUGAAGCCUGGUCUCGCAUGCUGAAGCAGAAAAUGGGGCCUGCAUUUUUCGCCGAACAACAUGAUUGUCAUACCCUUGACGAGUCGGAGCGGCGCCAGAGAGUGAAUCAAGUAGCAGCCAAGCUAGUGAGCUGGCUAGAACAAGAGCUAGGCGGGACGGAGCUUGUUCCACCUCAGUGGUUAAGGAUAAUUUUUAGCGAGGAACCACAGCCUAGCACCUCGCGUAUAAUAUUCUGGAGAGGUCAGCCCGAGGUGCCUGACCAGUCGAAUGAGUCAUUUCUACGGUUUCAGCACGAGGUACUUGAGCACACGCAUCUGUUGCUUGCGAAGAAGAGAGAGUUGACGCACGAGGAGAGAGAGGCGAGUGGAAGGAUAUGGUUAGAGGAGUGUAGUAUGAAGAGAAAGCGGGGACGGACGGGCUGGUGUGAGGAGGUUGAUACCAGCACACCUUGAUCCCAAGAAUGAUUAGAGAGACAUCCAAUUCUACUAAUGUUAAAUUUUCUCUUCUUGAUCACCGCAACUAGAUUACUGUAAUAGAUCAUCUCCCCCAAGUAGAUAUCUUGGGCUCGCAUGAUAAACACCCG